GGUGUAACAGAGCUUGCGAUUGGCAGAUGUGCUGUGGGAGGCUGAUGGAGUGAAUAAGAGAAGAGAAGCCUUAUACCCACGGCCCAAAGAUCACCUGUUGACGGGAAGAGGGAAUUUGGGUUUUUUCGAGUGUGGCAGCCUACUGAGACAUCCUUCUGGAUGCCCUCACUAGGCACACGCCCCCUUCUGUUCGGCCCUGUGAAUCAUUGGGCAUACGCCCCCUGCUGUUCAGCCCUGUGAAUUAUCUGGCGUACGCCCCCUGCUGUUCGGCCCGAGGAGGUGCCCGUCCUUGGUGUUUCCACGAGCAUGUUGUAACCUUGGAUCAUCAGGAGGUGGGGAUCCGGCGGUUCUUACGGCGCGCGGCGCGAACCCAACGCCCGAGAUGCCGAAACGGAGAGACAUCCUGGCCAUCGUGUUGAUCGUGUUGCCCUGGACGCUCCUCAUCACCGUCUGGCACCAGAGCGCCAUCGCUCCCUUAUUGGCUAUCCGAAAGGCCUGUCUACACCUAGUAAAAGAAAUCUUUAUCGUACCAGAGAGGCUGGCCAUCCGUCGUCACCGUCUCUCAGAUGACAGGGCCGAGGGCCGGCGGGACUCGGCACAGGGGUCCGACUCCAAGGAGUACUGCUCCUCGGACAAGGACAUCGUGGAGGUGGUGCGGACGGAGUACGUGUACACGCGGCCGCCGCCCUGGUCCGACGUGCUGCCCACCAUCCACGUGAUCACGCCCACCUACAGCCGCGCGGUGCAGAGGGCAGAGCUCACCCGGCUGGCCAACACCUUCCUGCACGUGCCCAACCUGCACUGGAUCCUGGUGGAGGACGCGCAGAGGCGCACGCCGCCGGUGACACGCCUGCUGCGCGAGACGGGCCUGAACUACACGCACCUCAACGUGGAGACGCCGCGCAACUACAAGCUGCGGGGCGACGCCCGCGACCCGCGCAUCCCGCGCGGCACCAUGCAGAGGAACCUGGCCCUGCGCUGGCUGAGGGAGACCUUCAGCGCCAACGGCAGCCAGCCGGGCAUCGUCUACUUCGCCGACGACGACAACACCUACAGCCUGGAGCUGUUUCAGGAGAUGCGCUCGACGCGGAAGGUGUCGGUGUGGCCCGUGGCCUUCGUGGGGGGGCUCCGGUACGAGUCGCCCAAGGUCAACGCCGCCGGCAAGGUCUACGGCUGGAAGACGGUGUUCGACCCCCACCGGCCCUUCGCCAUCGACAUGGCGGGCUUCGCCGUCAACCUGCGCCUCAUCCUCUUCAAGCCGCAGGCCUACUUCAAGCUGCGGGGCGUCAAGGGCGGCUACCAGGAGAGCAGCCUGCUGAGAGAACUGGUCACCCUCAACGACCUGGAGCCCAAGGCCGCCAACUGCACUAAGAUUCUUGUAUGGCACACAAGGACAGAAAAGCCUGUUCUUGUCAAUGAAGGAAAGAAAGGAUUCACAGACCCCAAUGUGGAGAUCUAACCUUGUUUCUGACCUGGCAGCUGAUUUUGGUCACAGAUACAGGGCAUGGGCCCGGUCAUCUGACAGGGGCGGGCAGAAGAGCACAGGACUGACAGUCACAUGUUUAAGAAACGUCCCGCAAGGUCUCCACGAUGCCUGAAGACAACCACCCC